GGCGCACAUUGUCCUUGAUUGAUGCACGAAGCCAAGCAUAAAAUAUGACUAUAUGUACCUCCAAACAUUUGAAAAGAGUGUCUUCAUUCAUUGUUUUGUCAUUUCACAUAACCACAUUGCCAUUCCCCCCACACUGUUGACAGAAAUAAUGAUGAUAUGAUUUGACGGACUGAAAGAAUUAACCCCAAUGCACCGACCAUAUCCUUGUCACGUGACUCUCUCAGUUGUACGCCUGUGGACAUCUGCAAAAUGGAGGACCAUGGCUCUAAAGAGCCCGAGCAGCUCAGAAAGCUGUUUAUUGGGGGUUUGAGCUUUGAAACCACGGAGGAGAGUUUACGGGCCCAUUUCGAACAAUGGGGUACUCUCACAGAUUGUGUGGUGAUGAGGGACCCCAACAGCAAGCGAUCGAGAGGGUUUGGAUUUGUGACAUAUGCGGCUGUAGGAGAAGUCGAUGAGGCCAUGAAAUCAAGGCCUCAUAAGGUAGACGGGCGAGUUGUUGAGCCCAAGAGGGCUGUGUCCAGAGAGGACUCCAACAAACCAGGUGCCCAUCUAACAGUGAAGAAGAUCUUUGUUGGUGGAAUCAAGGAGGAUACCGAGGAGUACCACAUCAGGGAGUACUUUGAGAAGUAUGGAAAGAUCGAAUGCAUUGACAUCAUGCAAGAGCGCUCCACCGGGAAGAAGAGAGGAUUCUGCUUUGUGUCCUUUGAGGACCACGACACUGUCGACAAAAUUGUCGCCCAGAAAUUCCACACAAUCAACUUCCACAAUUGUGAGGUCAGGAAAGCUCUCUCAAAACAGGAAAUGAGUGCCAUGUCCACCAGCAGGGGCAGGGGUGGAGGGUCUGGAAACUUCAUGGGGAGGGGUAGUAAUUUUGGAGGUGGUGGCAACUAUGGCCGUGGUGGCUACGGUGGAGGACGAGGAGGUUAUGGGGAUGAUUUUGACAAUGGCCCAGGAGGUAAUUAUGGUGGAGGACCAGGUUAUGGAGGAGGCCGAGGGGGCUAUGGAGGUGGUGGUGGUGGUGGUCCAGGGUAUGGGAACCAGGGUGGGGGAUUUGGUGGCAGCUGUGAUGGAGGAUACGGGGGUAAUGGUGGAGGAUAUGGUGGGGGUGGAAAUUACAACGACUUUGGAAAUUAUGGUGGACAGCAGUCCAGCUUUGGGCCCAUGAAGGGAAACAACUAUGGUGGCAGAAACUCAGGGGGACCCUAUGGUGGUGGUGGUUACAGCUCUGGAGGUGGAGGUGGAGGUGGAGGAGGCUACGGCUCUCGACGAUAUUAAAAUCUUCAUGUUUUGGCUUCAGUUCUUAGCAGCAGAGGCGAAGAGGUGAGCAAAGGAGUUGUCAGGAAAGCUGCAGGUUACUUUGAGGCAGUCAUCUGAAAGCAUUAGAGGAACACACAAGUCAGACUUUUACUGCAGCUAAAUGGAAGAAGGACUGUAAACACAAGACAUGAGUGCAGAUGAUACCCUUCCCUAAUUGUGAUAGAUGUUUCCCUAUUAAGACAUUUUUCCUUUUGUGCGUCUGAAGUGUGUGUAUUGUGCCUAUGGUAUCAGGGGUAAAGAGUAAAUUGUUUUUUUUUUUAUCUUGAGUCAGUUCUUAAUAUGUUUAUUUUUCUUUUUUUAUAUGGGUCAGUUUUCUGCUGGUCAAUUAAUAUUUUGUCUUUUAACCUGGUUGUGUCAUAUAGGAUAGUUAUAUCAGGCCCUCGGAUGAGCUAGAGUUACACAUUUUUUUCUGUUUGACAUUAUUAUGAUUACCCAAUUGCAAGUGUCAAAUGUACUAUGAUUUUGUAUGUUAAGCACAGUAUGUAAAUCCUUCAUAGCACCAGUGUGAAAAGCUAUAAGCAGCCUGGAUUAGAAUUAAGGGAAUCCCUCACUCUUCUUGUUCCCAGAAAACCGAAUUCUAGAUUGUUCCGAAUAUUUUGAUCAGUCCAAAAAGACCGAAUAAAAUUGUGUAGUAAAGUAA